CUCUCCCUGACGAGCAGCUGGAGCCCGGGACUCGCCUCCGACACACACAAGAGCCAACAUGUUCGAGACCCGAGGAAUCCCCUUUGUCCUGCUCGACGUGGCCUGUCUCGUCCUGGGAGGUCUGCCUCUUGCAGCCUUUAACCUGGGUAAGAUCCGCCCUUACCAGAGGGGCUUUUUCUGUAACGACGACAGCAUCAAGUACCCGUUCCACAACAGCACUGUCACCUCCACAGUUCUCUACACUGUGGGCUUCGCCCUGCCCAUUAGCUGCAUGAUCAUUGGCGAGUGCCUUUCAGUUUAUCUAAACCGCAUCAAAUCCAAGUCGUCUUUCGGCAACUACCUUGCUUCUGUUUACAAAGCCAUCGGCACCUUUCUCUUUGGUGCCGCCAUGAGCCAGUCUCUGACCGACAUCGCCAAGUAUUCCAUCGGUCGGCUCAGGCCACACUUCCUGGACAUUUGCAGGCCCGACUGGAACAAGAUCAACUGUUCAGGGGGUUAUAUCGAAAACUUCACAUGCACCGGAGAUGCGACCAAGGUCAACGAGGGCAGGUUGUCCUUCUACUCGGGCCACGCCUCAUUCUCCAUGUACUGCAUGUUGUUCCUGGCUCUCUAUCUGCAGGCUCGACUCCAGGUUGAGUGGGCGAGGCUGCUGCGACCCACACUCCAGUUCUUCCUUAUCGCUGCGACUGUGUACACAGGAUUUUCCAGAGUGUCCGAUUAUAAACACCACUGGAGCGACGUGCUGACUGGACUCCUGCAGGGGGCCCUCAUGGCUUUACUGGUGGUCUUCUGCGUGUCGGACUUCUUCAAGCCCCGUGUGGAAUCCCGUAAAGAGGACAUGACGACCCUUCAGGAGAGCCCGACUAAUGGAAACCACUUUGAGAGUACGCACUAAGCUAAGCAGGAGGUGAAGGAGGAAACCUCUGCUCUGUCCAAACGCACAUCGAGGACCCCAGCUCUCUAGCCUGUCAUUGCACGCAAAUUCUCUUCAUCCUACCCUGCAUGGAUUCAGUAUGGAGUACCCGAAUUUUUUUAAUUUAAGAAAUCUAUCUGAUGACUGUGCAAACCAGGACACUUUUUUUUUUUUAAAGCUACACCUCAGGCCGUUUCAGAUUUUAAGACUUCUAUGAUUUUAGACAAAUUUGCCAUCUUGUCCAACCCUGGUAGAUUUGUAAAAGUGACUGAAUGAGAUAUAGAUUAGAGGCUAGAGGUUCUGUUAAGAUGGGAACCAUCGAUCAACUGAGCCAGUGGGAGGACUUGCCUACGUGUACUCAACUGUAAAGGGUCUGACCACUGCUGGGGGAGAGAAGAGGGCUUUGUGCUUUUCCUGACCUGGAGUCAGUCUGCUCACAGAUCUGAUUUAGGGUCACUUUUAGAAAAAACUCCAGCUCCCAGAGACGCGGAACAAUCUUUAAUGCCUUGUUAAUACAAAGGGCUAAUUGUAAGAGUUAGAUUUAAUGCAAGAACACGCUGGAGGCUAAAGCUCAUCCUGGACCAGAGGGGGAGAGCCUUCUCAUGUGGAGCAGCUGACUCCAGACCCACUCCACUGCUGAUUCUCCAGCUGUCUAACCUCACGUAGUGGAGGAGGGAGCUUGGUUAGAGAGCUGGAGAGUCAGCGGUCAGUUUUCAAAUCCCGUGUUGCCUUUGCUGGACUGCUGCUGCUAUCACGGCUUCCUGUGUAUCUACGAACUGAUAUAGACAUCAAGUGAAUAAACAACAAUGUACUUUUUGUAUAAUCUGUAUGUAUAAACAAGUCAACACACAGACUUUUAUUGAAAAUAAAUGUUACAAAUAUGUACAGAUGUCCAAAGAAAGAAAUUUCACUAAACAUGAAAACCAGUGAAGACAAGUGUUGGAUGUAUUAUGUGUUGAGUCACCACUUAUAAUUAAAGCAUGACUUGUUUACUUUGUCA